AUGACAAGGUGGCGGUCUUUGCCUUUCGCGGCUACUCGGACAUGGGGUCACCAGAUAUCGUUCUCGGAUGAGUCAGCUGUCUCCAAUGUCAUGCGUCCUGCCGUCCAUCAAGAGGUUAGCUCAAGAAGCGGUGCGUUUGCUACUAUGGCCGUUCAUGCUGCUGCUCCCGUGCCUCGUUCGUGUCAACCGUUAGCUCCCUCGCUUCUUGACACCCAUCAGCGAGUACGUCCCAUGUCUAUCGAGCGCUUUUCCUGCUCUUCACGGCACAUUCAGAUGCCAUCAGUGUCGUUCGAUGCACCAGUUCUUGGACAAAAGCACGAGCUUACCGGACACCGUCGGCUGGUCAAUCAUCACCAUAUUGACCCCGUCACGACCCGUAUCCUUCCCGAGUCUUCAUCGCUGGUUCCGCCGAUCCACCACGAGUCAACACUGGCCGUGGAAUACUCGCAGGCUAGCAGGUACUUCGAUCGCCAGAUGGCACCAUCGUACCUUCACGCAGAUUGUUCGGAGCAGCCUACUGCAAAAGAAGCUACGACGAGUAUCAAGAAGCGACAGCGAGUAGUUAUACCAGACGACUCACCUCGUCGGACGAGCUACGAGUCCAAGUACGGCCUGACCUGUUCCGAAACGUCAAAGCUGCGCAUGCGGUCGAGAUGUGACCACAGUGCUGGAUUUGUAGAGGAAGGCAGCGUGUGUGCGUCUCAAAAUCGCUAUGUUGAAGACAAAAGCACGUGCGGCAUGAAGAAGGUUGACUUCCCCAUCAAGGAUGGCUCAGCCCUAGACUACAGUGGAAAUGAACAGGUGACCAGGACGACAGCUUCUGCUGCAACUGACGCGCCGGUAUCUGCUGUAAGUGCGCAGCCCAGCGUGAAGAAGAAGUUCAAGUUUUCGUUCCCUUCGACGCCGGCUUUUCAAUCGAAGGAGUUCCUGAUGUCGAAUACCUUUGUGCGCAAUCUGCACGGCGAGGUCGACUGGGUUGCGACGUUCCUGAACGUGGGCUUUGACUCACACAGCAUAUACGCGCUCAUGUGUCCCCUACGCAAAGGUCGCUGGAAGAUGGAGGAAGAAAGUUAUGCAAUGGGGCUGCUCCAGCUCAUUGAAAGUGGAACGAUUUUGCUCCGCCACGGCCAGAGCAUUCGAGGCUACAUUGGCAAAAAGUUGCAUAGUGAUGAUAUGCGGGUGCUCAAGAAGCUCAGCAACUGCAAGAUGUUCUGGUUCGCCAAAUCUAUCAAUCCGAGACUGGCGGCAGAAGAGGAUCUGGAUGUGAGUGCUGCUGGUGCGCGUCAAGGAUUGCAGCGCUUGGAACAGCUUCGAUGUGAAUUUUUGCGCUCCGUGCAGCUAGAAGCACUCGUAGCUGUGCGCAAACACCUCAGCGACAGCUCGCUGCGUGAGUUGCUAAGUGUGGGUGCCUGA